AUGGCUGAGCGAAUUCCUGAACAGCCGAUUCCACAGUCUGGUGUGUAUAAUUCUGAAAAAUCAAUACCUAACAAACAGGCGGCAUAUCUGAUUCGAGCGAGAUGCACGGGAUUUCGUAAAGGAUUAAGCCAAGCGCCUGUUAUCGUUAUGGACUAUAUUAGGCAAUCCCGAUAUUCCGAUCCCUACGUCCAAGCCCUUCUUGGCUCGAAAUAUCGUGAUCGAACGUCAGGAAAUGAAGUCGUUGGUCAUGAAUUGAGAAAAAAAGGCCAGUUAUUGGGAAGUGCCUGCACUUGUUGCAGAGAACAAGACGGGACUUAUAAGUCCAAUGGGGCUUUGACUGAAACGGCAAAAUUGUUCAUCAAUAAGGAACAACGAGGCCAGUUGUCAUACGAAGCUACAUUCUAUCCUAAGGAAAACAAUGCAGUACAGACUCACGACGACGCUUAUCCAUUAUAUGAAACAAACGUUGUGGGAAGAAGGGAUGAAGAUCAAACCAACAACGAAAAAGGUAAGGCCACAAUUGCAUGUCUGACUGAUCAAGUUUACAAUAAUUCACCAAGGAUUCUUGCGAUCACUAGGAAUAAAGACGUGGAGAAUAAGGUAGCUGAGGAUGAUGAGGCUCUUAUAUCCGACGUUCCUGCUUGUAGUGAAGACCAAGGCCUAUGGCUGGGAGAUAUGAACAUACGUUCGUCGAUUGAUGUCUGGCAUCAAUCGGCUAAGCAUGUUGCUGAAAUUCACAAACAGGAGUAUAUCUCUAUCAUCACUAUCUCACUGUUGACAUAG